AAUAGGAUGAAAGGUUAAGAGGAGAGUGAAAACCAAAAUCUCUCUCCUUUUUGUAUCUGUCAUCGUCCUCUUCAAUCCUUCAUCUCUGAACAUCCCUCGUGGAAAUUAGAGGUUCGAUGGCAGAUGCGAGCCGAGUUCGCGCCCACUCUUCGCCAGAAUUACUUGCUCCUCCGACUGAUAAUGUCGAAAGGCGAGAAGAUUACAAGCUAGAAGGUGUUGCCACAAAUAUAAUGCUGCUGCUAAAAUUAGUCCAAGAUCACAAUGAAGCAUGCAGCAAAAAUGGCGAUGACCGCAAGAAGCAAAGGUUGGCUGGGAUGAUGACCAUCCUCGACGAUGUCAAGACUCGAGUUCAAAAGUCUCAGUGUGGCGGCAACAAGAGGGAAGUGGAGCUGAGGCGAUGCUACACGGACCUUAAGCCUAGAAGUGGAAAGAGGGACAAGAAGCCCGACGAGAUCAUUGUAGAUGAGAAGGAAAAGCUAAGGAAAGCGCUGAACGCGAGUUUGGCGGCUCGAAAAAGCCUCGAGAUGAUGUGCUCCAGCCUAGGGAAAGAAAAGGAGAUAAUGGCAGCGGAGCUCACGAAAAAGGUACAUGAAUUGAACGGGAUGGAGGAGCAUCUCAACGACCUCAAGGCACAGAAUGAGAUGUUGCUGGCUAAAGUCAAGGCUUGCGCCGUGGAGCACAAAGAGAAGAAGCACGGCGGAGAAGCUCACAAAGACAUGACGCUUCAGGAGCGUAACAAAGAACUCUCAGAACAGCUUCUGAAGUCACUCGAGGGCUACCGGUCUUUAAAGAGGAAGUUUAGAGACUCGCAGGAGGAAAAUAAGGAAUUGGUGAUGACGGUGCAAGAAUUAGGCACGGAGAUCGCAAGCGGACUUAAUCUAGUGCACAGCUUCCGGCAACAUGUUGCGGCGAACACCGAACAGCCCAUGGACAUCUGUGAGGGGAUAUCUAAAUUAGAGAAUUUGCUCCAAUGCAUUGAGAUGAAGGUAUCAAAUCAUAGACAGAAGGGUAUUAAUGCUCCAAAACCAAAGGCUGGGAUCAAUACCGGCAAGCCUUUUCUUGUUGCCUGAGAAGAAGAUGGGAGUCCUAGUCAAAAAGCUAGGGCAAAUUAUAAACAUCUUGUUCUUUUCUCACCAAUUUCUGAUCUCUAGUGAGCCUCACGAUAGGAUUCGAACCCAGAUGUUUAUAUGCUAGCUUUGCUUGUAUUCUUUUUAUUUUGGUUUCAUUAU